UUUUUGUGAUGUAAUUUGUCUCUAGGUUUUGUACUCGUUCUUUACUUCGCGAGUCACUUGAUUAUUCACUUAUAGACAAGAUCCCUGGCCGCCCAAAUGACCGAAAGACACUUCUGGGUGAAUUGAAUUGGAUCUUUACAGCGGUAACUGGUACAAUUGCCUGGAAUGUUCUUCCUCAUGAUCUUUUUCAGAGAUUGUUCAGACAGGAUUUGCUUGUUGCAAGUUUGUUUCGAAAUUUUCUACUUGCUGAGCGAAUCAUGCGAUCUGCAAAUUGUUCUCCUGUCUCUCACCCAAUGUUACCUCCAACCCAUCAGCAUCAUAUGUGGGAUGCAUGGGACAUGGCUGCUGAGCUCUGCCUCUCUCAACUUCCGUCUUUAGUUGAGGAUCCUAGCGCUGAAUUUCAGCCUAGUACAUUUUUCACUGAGCAGCUGACAGCAUUUGAGGUAUGGCUUGACCAUGGUUCUGAACAUAAGAAACCACCAGAGCAGUUGCCUAUAGUUCUUCAGGUUUUACUUAGUCAAUGCCAUCGGUUUCGGGCUUUAGUACUCCUUGGAAGGUUCCUUGAUAUGGGGCAAUGGGCUGUAGAUCUGGCAUUAUCUGUUGGAAUAUUUCCUUAUGUUCUAAAGCUGUUACAAACAACAACACCAGAACUACGUCAGAUCCUUGUAUUCAUAUGGACAAAGAUUCUUGCACUUGAUAAGGUACUUUUGGAGGAGGAUAAUUGUCUUUUAAGAAAAUGUUUAUUACACAAGUUUUGCUUAAAAUGUAUGUAAGUGCAUGUUUGGUUU